UCUAAAUAAUAUACUUCCAAUCCCUUGGUGACCCAGAUCCAUAAACAAAAUUGAAGGGUGGAUGCGAGGCUAAUAGUACUACUAGAUAACAACCCCUCCAAUAACCGAAGGAUACCCGAUAAAUUUCUGCUCGUUUAUCUUCCCCUUCUCUCUCCUUUCCCACAAACCGCGUCUCCGCUUCUCGAGCCCACCCACAAAUCUCCUUCAAGAGAGAGAGAGAGAGAGAGAGAGAGAGAGAGGAGGCACACCUGCCCGGAUCAUAACCAAGUUCUUUGGGUCCGUGCUUUGAACUCUGCCUUGCCCUGAUAGCCAGCGGCAGUUAAGGACCUGGUUGGCCUAUGCCCAAGCUGUAUUUGCUUAGUGGCACACUCACAAAAAAUUAUGAUUCAAAUUUGCCCGCUCAUCAAUCAUGGUUCUUGAUUCAUUAUCAUCGCCUCACAGGAGGUCGCAAAACACAUUCUUUCUGCCAUCUCCUAAGAAGCCUCAAUCAUCUCGUGAUGAUGUUGGUAGUUGGUCUGCCCUGGUUGAGCGGCAUCGCUUUCUCUUGACAACGCUAGUGGUACUUGCCUUCCUGUGCACCAUAUAUCUUUACUUCGCGGUGACCUUGGGGGCACCACAAGCUUGCUCAGGGUUGACGGGCGAUGAAAUGACCGUAUGUCAGGAAAAAUCAGCCCUGCAACAUGGAAAGUUGAAAUAUCGCUAACUCCGCUUGACAGUUUGCAAUGUGCUUGUGGUCCAAAUUCGUAUAUUCUUUAGUGGUGGAUGCUGAAAGGGCUUGUAUUGAUGCUGAUGUACAUUUUAAUGGAGUGAGAGGGGAUUGUUUGUGCUUUGAAACCGUAUAACUGAAUAGGUCCCAUUUUAUUA